AGUCUGGCCGACAGCAGUGCUGACGGCGAGGGCUGCGCGCGGAGUGCGGUCCGUGGUGGCGGCGCGUGGUGCGGGAAGGCGAAAGGGCCGCGCACUCCUGGGCGCUGGAGAAGUUCCUCCCACUGGGCCUCAGUUCUUCCCCUCACGGUGGCGGGACACGGCCCUCCGCGGGCGUCCGGACCCACCACACAGCCCCACUGAGGUCCUGGGGUCGAGGCCUCAGGGACUGCGACGGGACGGAGAGGGCUCGGAGACCCCGCGGUCCCCAGACACCUGUGUGUAAUCGGCCCUCCAGUUCCGGAGCCCCCAGCUCUAGCCGGGAUGUUCGUCCUGGUGGAGAUGGUGGACACCGUGCGGAUCCCCCCGUGGCAGUUCGAGAGGAAGCUCAACGACUCCAUUGCCGAGGAGCUGAACAAGAAGUUGGCCAACAAGGUUGUGUACAGCGUGGGACUCUGCAUCUGCCUGUUCGACAUCACCAAACUGGAGGACGCCUACGUGUUCCCGGGGGACGGUGCAUCACACACAAAAGUCCAUUUUCGCUACGUGGUGUUCCAUCCAUUCCUGGACGAGAUUCUGAUCGGGAAGAUCAGAGGCUGCAGCCCCGAAGGAGUGCACGUCUCUCUAGGGUUCUUCGAUGACAUUCUCAUCCCCCCGGAAUCACUGCAACAGCCAGCCAAGUUCGAUGAAGCAGAGCAGGUGUGGGUGUGGGAGUAUGAGACGGAGGAGGGCGCACACGACCUGUACAUGGACACGGGUGAGGAGAUUCGCUUCCGAGUGGUAGAUGAGAGCUUCGUGGACACAUCCCCCUCAGGGCCCAGCUCGGCUGAGGCCACCUCUUCCAGCGAGGAGCUGCCAAAGAAGGAGGCUCCAUACACACUUGUGGGCUCCAUCAGUGAGCCGGGCCUGGGCCUUCUCUCCUGGUGGACCAGCAGCUAGCCCCGGGGCGUGACUGGACCCUGCCCAACCCAGCCCCUACCCCCACCUCGGAAGGUGGUGCAGAUGGCCGUGCCUGCAGCAGCGGAGGCCGACGGCGGAGAGUCUGCAGCCUGGGAGUGCACGCUGGCUUCUCCCAUCCCAGCUUCCUGGCCCUGCGCCCUCUGGAGCUUUUCUUGAAGUCCUGCGUCCCCAUGGACUUGUGGCUUCCAACGACAGUAAGGACACAUAAUAAACAGUGGCAACAUCAGUAGGGAAGAGGCCA